AUGAACUCACAAGGAUCGGCUGCCAUUGCGAUGAUCUCCCAGUCUUUGUGGGUCCCUGCUGCUAUAUACCUCUCAUUAUUUAGAGGUUGUGGGAUUUUCCUAGCAAUUGGUAUUCCAUUGGCUGUCCAAUCGCUAUUCAGCUACGCCAUUGUAACACGAAAAUGGCACGCUGUCAACAAUCUCAUCUCUCAAUCCAAAGACGAGACGCAUUUGCCACCGCAGUAUCCCUCCCUGAUUCCGUAUGUGGGAAGUGCCUUGUCAUUUGUAUGGGAUAAUGCGGGCUUUUUGCGCCAAGCGACGCGCUACGGAGGGAGAUUGAUUUCAUCGAGGAUCUCGUUCCUGGGGUUUGAGAUAUUUGCGUUUCAGGAUAGGCAAACUGUUGCCAAGGUCUGGAAGCAAACCAGCCUUUCAAGCCCCAUUUCGAUUUUCGUGUACGCUAUGAAGUAUUUCUUUGAAAUUCCCGAAAAUGUUUUGUCUGUGUACCGUGCAGACACCUCUGGACCCUUUCCAAAACCACACAGGGACACCAAUAUUCCCCCUCAGGCUCGCGUCGAUCAUAUCACGCACUAUGGGUUCCUACAGGCCUUGAGCGGACCUGGAUGGCUGCCGACAACGAAACGCUGCAUGAACGCCCUGGUCUCGAGGUUGGAGGACAAGGGAUUGUCGGAAGAAUGGACUGAGUUUGAAGAUAUGUCAGAAUUCUUCAAGGAAUGGGUCGGGGCAUCACUUAUUGAGAGUCUCUUUGGCCCUUCGAUGCUACGAAUCAACCCAACUUUCGUCAAGAAUAUCUGGGUUUUCGAUGAAGGCAUACCGUGGCUGGCGAGGGGAGUUCCAUCCUUCUUGAGACCAUCGAUCUAUAAGGCUCGGAGAGCUGCCAUCGCACAAAUUAGAAACUGGUAUCUGUAUGCCAGAGAGCACUUCGAUGAGAGUUAUGUUUCUCCUGACGGGGAUGGAGAUCCUUUCUGGGGCUCAUGGCUUAUGAGAUACCGCCAGAAGAACUUGCUACCAGCCGAGAAGCACAACGAUGAGGUGCUCUCGAAAUUGGAUCUAGGCCUAGCUUGGGGUGUUGUUGGUAAUACGACGCCUACUUCUACGCUUUUCACUUUCCACAUCUUCAAAGAUCCUACUUUACUAAGCCGCGUUCGAGACGAGAUCGAAACAUCUUUCGGCAGCCAGGAUCUGCUGGACAUAAAUCCCAGCGAACUCAUCAAGCAGCCCCUUUUAUCAUCUGCAUACGCCGAGAUACUCCGGCUCUUCAUUGAUGUAUUUUUUAUGGUCACUUCGGCCCAUAAGGAUGUACCGUUGGGCUCGUAUCAGCUUCCAAAGGGUCGCAUUGCCCUGAUAAACUCCGGGAUCUCACACAAGGACGACAGCUUUUGGAACACUCGUAAUGGGGAACACCCUGUGACUUCGUUUUGGGCCGAACGAUUUUUGAUAGAUCCUUCAGACCCUCUGAGUGGGCCGAUAGCGCCUGGAGUGUAUAAGCCUCAAAGCAGAGGAGAUUCAGAUCCAGACGAUGGUGGCAAAGCCCCUUAUUUCAGCCUGAAAGGAACUGAGGGUUCUUGGUUUCCUUAUGGAGGUGGCCAUUCUAUAUGUCCCGGUCGGGUUCUGGCCAAGAGUGCAGUACUCUUCGUCUCUGUCCUCCUAGCAAGAGAUUAUGAUAUCGAGCCCCUCGUGGAGAGAAUUGAAACGACGAAUUGGAGGUGUGGCCUUGGUGCAGAGCAAAUCAAGCAUGCCAUUCCAUUUCGUAUUAGAAAAAGAAGAAGAUAG